GGCGGGGCGGGGCGGGGCGGGAGGCGAGGCAAGAUGGCGGCCUCCUUGUGGCGGAGCCGCGGCGGGGCGCUGAGGCUGCUGCUGGCCGGGCGGCCGGCCCUGGGCGCCGCCGCCGCCCGCGGGGGCUGGAGGCUGCUGCACGGCUCCCGGCAGCGCCGCGGUACGCCUGCAAUUAAGGUUCUCAUGCCUGCCCUUUCUCCUACAAUGGAAGAAGGAAACAUUGUGAAAUGGUUAAAAAAGGAAGGUGAAACGGUGAAUGCUGGGGAUGCAUUGUGUGAAAUUGAAACAGACAAAGCAGUGGUUACCAUGGAAUCGAGUGAUGAUGGCGUAUUGGCAAAAAUACUGGUGGAAGAAGGAAGAAAAAAUGUACGCUUGGGCUCACUAAUUGGUCUGCUGGUAGAAGAAGGACAGGACUGGAAGCAGGUUGAAAUACCAGCUGAUGUUAGUGAUCCAUCUUCUCUGGCUCCACCAAGCAGCUGCACCUACUUAACUCCUACAAGUCCUUCAGUUUCAGCCCCUCCAAAGUUUAGUUUUCCUCCUCAUUUCCUUAGGGUUCGCUUAAGUCCUGCAGCUCUGAACAUUCUGGAGACACAUGGACUAGAUCCAAGCAAUGUUACACCUUCUGGGCCUCGAGGGAUCUUCACUAAAGAGGAUGCUCUCAAACUUCUGCAAGAGAAGCAGAAGGGCAAACCCAGUGAAUUGAAACCUGUGGUUUCUCCAGCUCCUCCCCAGCCUAGUGCAGUGCCUUCUGCUUCGCAAGCAACAGCUGUGACUUCUGCUUAUCCAAGGCCAGCAGUUCCACCGCUUUCCACACCAGGACAACCAGCUGCACCGGGCACAUUCACAGAAAUCCCAGCUAGCAACAUCCGAAGAGUUAUUGCUAAGAGAUUAACAGAGUCUAAAACUACUAUACCUCAUGCAUAUGCUGCUGCUGACUGUGACAUUGAUGCUAUUUUGAAAUUAAGAACUGAACUGGCCAAAGAUGACAUUAAAGUAUCUGUAAAUGAUUUUAUUAUCAAGGCGACAGCAGUUACUCUGAAGCAAAUGCCAGAUGUGAACGUAACCUGGGAUGGAGAAGGCUGCAGGCAGCUGCAGUCCAUUGACAUUUCUAUUGCUGUGGCAACAGACCGAGGUCUCAUUACGCCAAUCAUAAAAGAUGUUGCUGCCAAGGGAAUACAGGAAAUUGCUGCCUCUGCAAAGGCUCUAGCAAAGAAAGCAAGAGAUGGAAAGCUGUUACCUGAAGAGUACCAGGGAGGAUCUUUUAGUAUCUCCAAUCUGGGCAUGUUUGGCAUCAACGAUUUCACUGCAGUCAUAAACCCUCCACAGGCCUGCAUCCUAGCGGUGGGUCGAGCAAGACCAGAGCUCAAGGUUGUGGAAGAUGAAGAAGGGAAUGAGAAGCUUAAGCAGCAUCAACUCAUGACAGUGACUCUUUCAAGUGAUGGUCGUGUGGUAGAUGAUGAACUGGCUUCAAAGUUUCUGGAGACCUUAAAAGCAAACCUCGAGAAUCCAAUACGACUUGCCUUGUGUUAAACUCAGUGAAGAUUGCUUCCUGUUUUGACAACACAGAGAACUCUGUUACAGAAAAACACCCCCAAGUACAUUAGAGGGGAGUAAAUAGUGUGAGAUAAACAGUUAAAAUAUUUAAUUUAUUGAAUUAAUAUGAAAAACUGUUAAUUUUCAUGCUUUUAGUCAUUUCCAAUGAUCAGGUUUUAUAUUGUAAAGCUAAAAAAACACUUCAAAGUUAACAUACCACGUUUCUUUAAACAUUUAGUACUAAUAGGACAUAAUGUUUGCAUAGAAAAGUCAAUCUCCUCCGUAAAAGAAAGCUUAAGAAAACUUAAUAAAAUUUAAAAGGGAGUGAGGUGCUUCAUCUAAGGGCUAAAUAUCUAGAUUUUGUAGUGAGGUAAGCAAGAAUUAUAAUUCAGCAAUGUGCUGCUAUGACUCCUGAUCAAUACUGAGGUUGUGGAGUAGCUAAUUUGUAUUGCUGCCGUAGUUUUUCUGUUUGCAAAAUGCUUGUCUGGCAUGUUGUACCAUCCAAAUAAGAUUGAAGUAAGAUUCAUAAGCUUUUGACAGAAAUUUCAGUGGGUUCCUACAUAAGAGCAAAGAAGUUACAAACCAAAAAAAAGUUUUUGUUUGGUUUCAUUCUUCUUUACUACAAGCUGCACUGAGAAAAAACAAGUUGACUGGAGAGAGGAAUGGGGAAAAGAAAUGACUGGAAAAUGUGAGAGACUAAAUUAUAUCAUAGAAAAAAAUAAUUUCUCAAAAUAUGAAAUAGUCUGAUAGAAUCCACAGCUUCAUUCAAUAAUUAGAUCUCAUUAAAGCACAUUUAAACUGUAGCUGCAUCUAUUUUUUUCAGUAUUUUUAAGACUGCUGCUUAAUCUCAUGCAUUGAGAUGAGUGCAGAGAUGAGAAUCAGAAUAUCAGAAUAAAUGUAUUCUCUGGAAAUGAUGAAAUCUCAGCUUCGUUGAUUUCAGUUUUUGAUGUUAUCAAUAUCUGGGGAAAACAGCAACAAUUAAUUAGUAACAGGUUUUCUUUGGCUUAAUUUAAAAAAAAAAUGUAUUGCCUUCAAAGUUGCCCCAACUCAAAUUUCCUCUUCAGUACCACAAAAUAUGAAAAAUACUGUUUUCAGGUGUUCUGUGAUACACUGUGGUUAGCUUAAAAAACAAGUUACUUGUGCCAGCAAUAUUAUGAUGAAAAACUGGCUUUGAUCUUUUAAUUUCACGGAGGCUGCAGUAUGGAAGGUCAAAUUCUGCACACUGAAAAUUUGCUCUUUAAUGUUGUUCUUUGAAUGGAUAGAUUAAAGAUGUAAAUACAAAGUGUUUCAUCAUUAGUUGUAUAUUGAAUUUUAACUCAGAGUCAUAAAUGCAGUGGCCUGAAGUUUAAAUGAACAGAAAUGGAUUGUUCUUUUUUCCUGUGUAUGAAUAUGGAGCCAUGAGUUUGAGUGAAUGCAUGUGAAUGUGGAACCAUCCAAAGUAUGAAUUUGUAAUGAAACAAUUGUGUUUACAGGACCUGGUGAAAAUAUAAAUUCAGUUGUAUUCUGGGA